GACUGUAUUACAUUAUAUUUUGGAUUAGGAAAUUUUGUGAAAAACUACAUAUUAUAAUCACCUAAUUUUUGAAAAUUGUUGUAAUUCACUACCUUAGGCCGGAAUAUGAAGUUUGACCAUAACUCUUCGGUGUUGACUUGCAAAUUCUGGAUUAUAAUAGGUAGUUUUUUACAAAAUUUUCCUUUGGAUUAUUCUAUUUAUUAAAUGUGCACCUUACAAAACAAAAUAAAAAAAAAAAAAAUUGUGCUACAAACAUUCAAAUGAAUUAGUGUCUACUAUAUUGAUAUGAAUUUUGAUGGAUAUAACCUUCAAUCGCAGUUGAAAGGUUUGGAAUCUUGAGUCUCGGUCAAGAAACGCUAAGCAACACGAGCUUAAAACCUAAAAUAGGCCAAGAAUACACAAGCACAAACUUACGUAAAACUUUAUAAAUUUCAAAUCAAUCAAUCAUACUUUUCGUUAAACACCAUCACGUAUUUAUAAGCUAAAUAAUUAGCCUAAAAAUCGGUAAAACAAAUUCUAAUCUAACUAGGAAACUAACUCUAACUUGUAAAGAUAAUAUUUUGCAAAUAUGAUCUUUAAAGUUAAGCUUAUCUUAUACUAACCGAAUUAAACUAACAAAAAUAUCCUAAUAAAUUCGGUCAUUUAAUAAUAAACUAAAAAUAACAAUAAAAAUAAUUAUAAUAACAAUAUUGAUGCCUUGGAACCGCAUCAUAUAUGCAGGUACUGCAAACAAGUUGUUUGUUGUAGGAUGUCAGGAUAGCGCAAAUUUUGAGGCAAACAUCGACAUCACUCCCUUUGUAACGAUGGGCAAUGGGGGUGUAACAUGUACAGCAAACUGCAGCGUCGAGGCCAAUAACGUUGUUGCAAGUGAAUGCAAUGGCAUCGGGUGUUGUCAAAUCUCUAUACUUGACGGGAUGAGAUCUUAUUCUUUGGCAUUUGAUACUUUUUACAGUAACCACACGACUAUUGUGACAUAUAACCCUUGUGGGUACUCAUUUCUGGCAGACCAAGAAAGUUUCAAAUUUCGUGGGAUUCCAGAUCUUAAUGACCCCGACUUUAUAAACCGGACAAUAUACGAUGCUCCUUUGGUGCUAGAUUGGGUCAUAGAAAAUAAUACAUGUGCCGAUGCUCAACAUGAUCUCGACUCUUAUGCAUGUGUGCAAAAUACUGCUUGUGUCGACGCCAUUGAUAGUGGUAUUGGAGGUUAUCGAUGCAGUUGUCUUCCUGGUUUUGAAGGCCAUCCAUAUCUUUCUCCUGGUUGCUCAGAUAUUAAUGAAUGCGCGGAUCCAAGUAGUACCCCAUGCUCUAUGAUAUGCACGAAUAUACCAGGAAACUACACAUGCUCUUGCCCAUCAGGAUAUGCUGGUGAUGGUAGAAAACAAGGAACGGGUUGCAAACGACAAUUUCCUGUAAUGAAGGUUGCCUUAGGUGUUGGCUUUGGCUCCCUAUUUUUACUCAUUGCACUCAUUUGGAUGGUCUUUGCCGGGAAGAGAAGAAGGAUUUCAAAAAUGAAAGAGUUGUUCUUUCAAAAAAAUGGAGGUUUGUUGUUGAAUCAACUAAUAACCCCCAAUACGCAUGAUAACAUGGAGCAAGUAAAGGUCUUUACUAUUGAUGAGUUGAUGGUGGCCACCAAGAACUUCAAGGAAGAAAGGAUCAUUGGUCGAGGUGGCUAUGGUACAGUUUACAAGGGAUUAUUACCGAAUAAUCAAAUUGUUGCUGUUAAGAGAUCAAAGUUCAUGGAUGAGGGUCAAAUUGAACAAUUUAUUAAUGAGUUGAUCCUCCUAGCACGAACAAAACAUCCAAAUGUGGUACGACUUCUAGGUUGUUGUUUGGAGGUUGAAGUCCCAUUGUUAGUCUACGAGUUUAUUUCCAAUGGCACGUUACAUGAUCACAUUCACAAUAUAGAUGGUGCUUCUUGGUAUUCAUGGAGCAAUUGCUUGCAAAUUGCCAUGGACUUGGCCAAUGCACUAGCAUAUAUACAUUCAAUACCAAUAAUUCAUCGAGACAUCAAAUCUUCAAAUAUUUUACUAGAUGAUAGUCAUACACCAAAAAUAUCCGACUUUGGUGCUUCACGAUUGAUUCCAUCAAAUCACACCCAUUUAUCCACCGUGGUCCAAGGUACACUAGGAUAUCUAGACCCAGAGUACUUUUUUUCAAGCCAAUUAACCGAGAAAAGUGAUGUUUAUAGUUUUGGUGUUGUUCUCGCUGAACUCUUAACAAGGACAAGGCCUCUUUUACCGGGGAGGCAAAUGGACCAAAAUUGCAAUUUGGCAGCAUGCAUAAUACAAUCGAUACAAGAAGACAAUUUAUUCGACAUUCUGGACUCUCAAUUGAUUGUGGAAGCAACUCAAGAGCAGCUUAUCUUUAUCGCAAAUCUUGUACAACGAUGCUUAAGUGUUAAGGGUGAUGACAGGCCAACAAUGAAGGAAGUCGCAAUUGAUCUAGGAGGAUUAUGUAAGCAACCAACGAACUUGUCUCCAAUUGAACGAGAAAUGUAAUGGCAACAUACA